UCAGGAUGUGUGACGACGACGAGACUACAGCUUUGGUGUGCGACAAUGGCUCUGGCCUGGUCAAGGCUGGGUUUGCCGGUGAUGACGCCCCCAGGGCCGUCUUCCCUUCCAUCGUUGGCCGCCCACGUCAUCAGGGUGUGAUGGUCGGUAUGGGUCAGAAAGACUCCUACGUUGGAGACGAAGCUCAGAGCAAGAGAGGUAUCCUGACCCUCAAGUACCCAAUCGAGCAUGGCAUCAUCACCAACUGGGACGACAUGGAGAAGAUCUGGCACCACACCUUCUACAACGAGCUGCGUGUGGCCCCUGAGGAGCACCCAACCCUGCUCACUGAGGCCCCUCUGAACCCCAAGGCUAACCGUGAGAAGAUGACCCAGAUCAUGUUUGAGACCUUCAAUGUCCCCGCCAUGUACGUGGCCAUCCAGGCCGUCCUGUCCCUGUACGCUUCUGGCCGUACCACCGGUAUUGUGCUGGACUCCGGUGAUGGUGUGACCCAUAAUGUGCCCAUCUAUGAGGGUUACGCUCUUCCCCACGCCAUCAUGCGUUUGGACUUGGCUGGUCGUGAUCUGACAGACUACCUGAUGAAGAUCCUGACUGAGCGCGGAUACUCUUUCGUCACAACCGCUGAGCGUGAGAUUGUCCGUGACAUCAAGGAGAAGCUCUGCUAUGUUGCCCUUGACUUUGAGAAUGAGAUGGCCACCGCCGCCUCCUCUUCCUCCCUCGAGAAGAGCUACGAGCUUCCCGACGGUCAGGUCAUCACCAUCGGUAACGAGCGUUUCCGUUGCCCCGAGACCCUGUUCCAGCCUUCCUUCAUUGGUAUGGAGUCUGCUGGUAUUCACGAGACCGCUUACAACAGCAUCAUGAAGUGCGACAUUGACAUCAGGAAGGAUCUGUACGCCAACAACGUCCUGUCUGGUGGUACCACAAUGUACCCUGGUAUUGCUGACCGUAUGCAGAAGGAGAUCACAGCCCUGGCUCCCAGCACAAUGAAGAUCAAGAUCAUUGCUCCUCCUGAGCGCAAGUACUCCGUCUGGAUCGGUGGUUCCAUCCUGGCAUCCCUGUCCACCUUCCAGCAGAUGUGGAUCACCAAGCAGGAAUACGAUGAGGCCGGCCCCAGCAUCGUCCACCGCAAGUGCUUCUAAGCGCAUGGCUCAAAGCGCCCGUAUCAUUGCUUCCUGCUCAGGAACCAAGCGAUGGUGCAUUGCUCCUAUGGACAGUUUUUCUACAGCCGUUAUUUAUGCAAUGACGCAGGAAUGAGCAGAAGAAGCAUAAACUGAGAAAAGGACACUAACGUCAAGGGAGAGAAAAAUACCAAGCACUCUUAUUGCACACAAAUGUAUUUAUUACUGACUUCCAUGGCUUGGUAUUUUGGCGAAUGCUGUUGGACGCCUCUCUCUUAGAUUCCAGUGCCAUACGUUCCACUGUACGCAUGGUCCAGUUGAUGACCAACGCAAAUCACACUUCAGCAGACAAAUAAAACUGAGAAUCUGUUUUUAAA